GAGCCCUACCAAACAGGCAGUAAGAAAAGUAACUUGGGAUUCCCUUCCCAGUUAGAGAAGGAGAAGUCUCCACCCCAUUUCCUUUUAUAUUUCACAAACACUUCGGCCUCUCUUCAUGGCAUCAUCUUCUUCCCUGUUCUUUUACAGAAACUUCUCCACUUAUAAUUGCAUUUACUUUCUUCUGAUCCUAAUUUUCUCAGUAUCUACCAAGCACGCCCUCGGAUGUUACACAUCCAUCUUCAGCUUCGGCGACUCACUCGCCGAUACUGGAAACUUGCUUCACAUCUCAGAUUCAUCCAUUCGGCCUCCCCACUUCGCCUUACCACCCUAUGGUGAAACCUACUUUCAUCGCCCCACCGGCCGUUGCUCUGACGGCCGUUUCAUCAUCGACUUCAUCGCUCAAGAUCUUGGUCUUCCCUUAGUGCCCCCAUAUUUCAGGGGUCAAAAUGAAAGUGCCAAGAAUUUCAAAGGGGGUGUGAAUUUUGCGGUAGUGGGUGCAACAGCGCUAGAUAAUGAGUUUUUUGAGGAAAGAGGAAUUCACAAUCCCUUCACAAACACCUCUUUGUGAGAUCAAAUGGGUUGGUUUAAGGAAAUGUUGCCGUCCCUUUGCCACUCUCCUUUAAAUUGCAAGCAACUCCUGCGCAGUUCUUUGAUUCUCAUGGGGGAAAUAGGAGGCAACGAUUACAACCAUGCAUUUGAAUCAGGACGAAGCAUACAAGAGAUUCGAUCCUACGUACCUCUAGUUGUUAAUGUCAUUUCUUCGGCCAUCGAUAUGAUGUAUUUUACAAUUAAUUUCCAAAAAAAUGGGGGGAUGCAGGAGAUAAUCGAGCUUGGGGCGACGACACUCAUGGUUCCCGGGAAUCUGCCUACUGGAUGUGUACCGUUUUAUUUAACCACUUAUAUGAGCUCAAUUGAGGAAGACUAUGAUUGUGAAACAGGGUGCCUUAUCUGGUUGAAUGAGUUUGCGGAGUACCACAACGAAAUGCUUCAGAUAGAACUAAAUCGAAUACAAGAACGCCAUCCUCAUACCACCAUCAUCUAUGCGGACUAUUACAAUGCAGCAAUGCGUGUCUAUCAUUCUCCUUCCGAAUAUGGAUUUAGUGGAGCCAGAGUUCUCGAGGCAUGUUGUGGAGCGAAAGAAGGUCUGCACGAUUUCAACGCAACUGUGGAAUGUGGGUAUCCACCAUCAAGACCUUGUGAUGACCCUUCUUCAUAUGCGAAUUGGGAUGGUAUACACUUAACAGAGGCAGCAUACAGGUGGAUUUCUACAGGCUUAUUGGAAGGACCUUACACUAUUCCUCCCAUCGAUACCUCGUGCAUUUCCUCUCCUGUAACCACUGUAUCUUUGAAGUAGAUUGGACAAUCAUGAUCUCUUGUACUUGUCGGCCGUUCCUAUUUUGAAGCAAAUCUUAUGCUUGUAUC